CCGGUAGAGGGGGCGAAAACAAUAAUGACAGGUCAACAGGUGUUACGCUUGUUAUUCUUUUCCUAACCUAAUUUUUAUAAUAAAAUGAAACACAUUCCCGAGGAAACGAAAUUAACGACAAAGGAUAUAUUUGUAUCUAUCGUCUCCGCCUCUGAAAAUAACCUCAAACUGCAAAAUUUCAUCAAGGAGGAUAACGAGGAGCCAGUGCAGCUUUUGAAACCAGCAGCGGAUUCUGCCACUUCUGCACCCCCGAGAUAUCAGCCGCCGCCGUUACCGCCCACUGGUGCCCAAGGCAUCCUCAAACAUCAUCCGAAAGAUGCCAAACUUUACCCCGCACCUAAACUACCCGAAAACGUGAGGCUGCCCCAGCCGGGGAAAAACUACCCCUACUACCCAGAACGCACCACACAAGUGCAGGUGCACCAGCCGCGGCCCUUGGACGAGCCUGGCGUGCCCCAGGUUCAGCACCGGCCAGUUCGCUACGACGACGAGUUUCUCCGCCCCGAGAUGUUGAAAUUCGUGCGUAAACCCGACGACCCUCGCCUAGCCGACCCCAAUCGGCACAUGCAGAGCAUCCUCGGCGAGCUGCGAGCCCUAAAAGAGGCCAACCAGCGCCUCGCCGACGAUAACCAGGAGUUGAGAGAUUUGUGCUGUUUCCUCGACGAUGACCGCCAGAAAGGACGCAAAUUGGCCCGCGAGUGGCAACGGUUCGGCCGUUACACCGCCAGCGUGAUGCGUCAGGAAGUCUCCGCUUAUCAGAGCAAAUUGCGCGAGUUGGACAAUAAGCAGCAAGAGUUGAUCAAGGAUAACUUGGAGCUGAAGGAAUUGUGUCUUUAUUUGGACGAGGAGAGAGGCGGGAAUUCCAUGUGUCCAGCGUGCGGAAGCGCCCCCACGGGGAAUCUCCGGGAUGAUGGAGACGGGUCGAGUUCGAGUACUAAUGCGGAUGAACCGGCGCUGCCCCAGCAGUUUUCCACGGGGGGCAACCCACCGAGGAGGUCGGCCAGUCGAGAGAGGAUCCUCCACGAGAAUCUCGCGAGACAAAGGAGCACUUUCAACGAUCAAAUUAUGCAAUACGUUAGGAGUCUCGAACAGAGGGUUAAACAACUAGAAGAAGAUAAACGAGCCCUGACUCAUAAAAUCAAUCAAAUUGCGACCACAACAGGCGAUUCGAGUAUCGCAAUUCCGCCAGACGCGGGCGUUGGGGUCCUCUCGGGCCGACCGGAGGCCGUCGUUAGAGCCCUCCAGGUUCUCGAAGUACGAGAACAAUUAGAGAGGGAAGGACGGAUGCCCGAAAGGACGGAAAAUAUGUCAGAUAGCACGUCUCAAGACAUGGACGAUGGGGAAAAAGCUCUCGUCAGAGAAAUGUGUAAUGUUGUUUGGCGAAAAUUAGAAGAAGGACCCUCCCGAAGAUGAGCCUAUGCUUGCCGUAAUAUUUAAGUACAAGAAACGUCUUGCCAUUGCGUGACGUCUAUAUCAGAUCCUGCUUAUUACAGAGUAUUAUUUUUAUACAAUUAUUUAUUUUAUAUCACGAAUUGUAUGUGUGAAUCCUGAUGUAAUGUAUGUGGUUUGAAAAUUGUUAUUUUUGAGAAUCUCUUUAAAUAAAAAAAAUCUUUCUAUGA